AUGUUUGCUGGAAUUUUUACAAGAGUUCUUGCUGCUGUUUUUCUCUGGGCGUUUGUCUCCGCUGCAUGGGUAUCACCACUACCUCCAACCCAGGACCCUUUCUACGAGGUUCCGGCAAAUGUGUCGGGGUACGAAAACGGCGAUAUCAUCAAUUGGAGACCCACGCCGGCGCAGCUUCGAUCGGUGUAUUUUCCUUUGAAUGUCGAGGGAUCCUGGCAGCUUCUCGUCAGAUCGGAGGACUCCGAAAGGAACCCCACGGCGUUUGUCACCACGGUGAUCAAACCGUACAACGCCAUUCCAUCAAAAUUACUUUCCUACGAGGCUUUUGAAGAUUCCGCCUGUUUGGACUGCAGCCCCUCGUACUCUGUGCUUUACGGAGCUUCCAUGAGGACCUUCAGUAUCCAGGUGGAGGUGGCCAUGAUGAACAUCGGAUUAUCAAAAAACUGGUAUGUUGUUCUUCCCGACUACGAGGGACCCAAAUCGGCAUUUUCAGCAGGCGUUCAAUCUGGAAAAGCCACCUUGGACGGGAUCCGUGCAGCGUUGAAAUCUUCAGAAAUCACCGAAAUCAGCAGGGACGCCAAAGUGGGUCUUUUUGGGUUUUCGGGAGGAUCCAUUGCCGUUGGAUGGGCUGCUCAGCUUCAGCCUGAACAUGCUCCAGAGCUAAAAGACCAUAUUAUCGGUGCAGCCGCUGGCGGUUUUGUCACCAACAUGACCCUGACUGCUAUAGCCAUGGACGGAACAUCCUACUCUGGGUUAGCCGUAGCGGCGGUAAAUGGCCUUGUUCAGGAGUAUUCUGGACUUCUGGACGUUUUGGAAAAGGAAAUCAACCCUACAAAGCUCGACACCUUCUACAAAGCCAGAAGCCUAUGUCUCAGAGAGCUUUCUGGGGUCUACGACUUGACGGAGCUCUUCACAGGCACAGAUCCGUGGAUGACGAGGGGCCUCGGGUUCUUUGAUGUGCCUGAAGUGAAGAAGGUGCUUGAACUGAAUAUUCUAGCUUUGAACGGAGUAGCUCCAGAAGUACCCGUCUUUAUAUUCCAAGGAGAACAAGACGACUUGGCUCCCUUUGAGCAGGUCCAAAGAGUCUACGACGACUGGUGCUCGUGGGGCGCUUCUUCUGUGGAAUUUGCCGUUUCCAGGUCAACAGGCCACCUGCUUGAAGCUGUAACUGGCCUAGGUGCCGCUUUUGCAUGGCUAGAAGACCGUUUUGACGGGUAUCUUCCCGUGAAAGGCUGUCUGCGGACCGUCAGAGACAACAACAUAGCGUAUCCCGGAGCGUACCCGAACUACCAGCGUCUUUUGACCACUUUCUUCCGAGGCAUCUUUGGAGAGAAGAUCGGCGAUGAUCCUAGUGAAGAGACGAUGCUAGCCAAGGUUCUUGCGUUUAUUUUGGGCGAGUGGAUUGGCGUUUUGCAGGGAGAGCAGAGAACGUUGGAGAGUCCCCGGGUAGGGUUGGCUGCAAAUGCUUCUGAGCUGCGGGUGUUCAAGGGCUUGGGUGAUGUGGUGGAUCUCUGGAGGAAAGAGAAGAUCGAUCCGUGGCGGGUCCUCGAGGAGGCCCAGAUCAAGCGGUAG